AUGUUUAGUAUAACAAUAAUAAUUAACAAAGGAAUUUAGAAUUCACUUACUUCAUUAAAUUAUUCAAUAUAAAUUAUAAUCCCAAAUGCUAUUGCAAUUAAGCAAAUCUUAGCUGAGUAUGAAUCUAAAUUAUUUAGUUUAGAUGAGCUAUAUGGUAGAUAUCUUAUAUUGAGUUCAUAGUAAAUAAAAACAAUCAAUAAAACUAAAACACCUUUUUUAACGAUAUUUUCAUCAUAAUAAGUUAAGCAGAUAAUAAUUAAUUCCUUUUCUAAUAUUUUUACUAUUUCCCAAAAGUAGGCUGUAAUUUUAUAUUCAUUAUAUAGAUAACCUAAUUGUUGUCUACUUACUUUUGAAUUAAGAUUAUUUCUAUUUAAGUAGAGACUAAAGUAUAAAAAAAAGGGGAUAAUAACUGCAAAUACCAAUAAAAUUGGUAAACAGAAAGUUAGAAGCCAAAAAAUAUGUUCUUCAGUAUCAUAUCUAUAAGCAACAUUGGCUUAAAUCCAUUUAAAAUCAGAAAUAUUACGAUAUGAUAUUAGAGAUAGAAAUCCUGCAAUUAUAUUAGGUUAUAUAAAUAUGUACAAAUAUAUGAAUGUUGUAGUGAUAACACUUAAUCUAUAUUUUAAGAAUUUAGUUAGUACUCCAAUAAAAAAGCAUCCUAAAAAUACAAUUACAUAAAAAAAGGGCAAAAUUAAUUGCCAAAUCAUUCGAGAAUAAUGAAUAUUAAAGCUAAAGAUAUCAAUUAGAAAG